GACUUGGAAACAAAAGGAUUGUUUUUAGCACACAUAAUUUGCAUCCGUCGGUUAUUCUAGUUCAGUUCGAGAAGUUUUGCUGGGCGUUGCAUUGCACUUUGUGUCUUCUUGUGUUACCAGGCGUGUUCGAACUAACUUCUACAUACGGAAUCAUGACGAUCUCUUUUGCCUUGUUUUGCAUCAUACUGGGACUUGGGGCUGCCAACGCUCAUAUGCAUGAUGGCAUGAACACAACCCAGUGUCACUCGUGCCUCGAGGAUGACUUCGAUUUGUGCGUGAAUCAAUCUACAGUCGAAAAUUGCACGUCCCCUACCACUGAGAGCUGUUUCUCGGCUGCUGGAAGAUACAAGUUCACCAAUGGCUCUACAGUUGUCCUUGCCAGUGUUGCCAGAGGUUGUAUUGCCUGCCCAAACGUCACAGAAGGCUGUAAAAACUUCAAAAUAUUCUUUGAUACACGUAGCGCUUGGUCCUUGCUGGAUUGUAACAUAGUCUGCUGCAGGGGUGACCAAUGCAACAACCAGACCGUUUCGUUGCAGCCAACUGAAGCAACUCCUAGAGCAACCAGUGCCAUGUCAAACACUAGCACUACUGAUGAACCUACAACUGCAGGACAUCCGAGCCGCUAUAGUCCUACAACUGCAGUGUUGGCCUUUGCAACCAUUAUUGGUGGUUUUUUCUUUUAAUUCAGAAACAUUUUAAGACCGUUUCAAGACAAGCAGCCAUUUUUUUGCUAUUAUUGUUAUUAAUUGCUAUUUCUAGUUGUAUGACUUUUAACGUCAUGUGUGUUGACUUUGUUACAGUAGUAAAUUCGAAAUAAACACAAUAUUAACAGA